AUGGCUGUAAGAGGAAGGUUUAUGGUUACCGGCAAAAUUUAUGUUGGAGAGAUUGAAGGAAAGGAUGAAGUUAACCUUAUAUCAACACUCUCAGAGUUUCAACAACACAACAACAACAUUUGGUAUUAUAUAAAGAUGAAUCAUCUUUUAAGAUCAACAAAAACAACAUCAUAUAAUAUCUCUAAAUUACCAAUAAAUUUGGUAAACAAUAUAUUAAAACAAUCAUCAUCAUCAACAUCAUCAUCAUCAUCGUUAAUAAAAGAAGAUGGUUGUAAGCAACAACAAAAACAAAGAUUAAAUAUAAUAAGUUCUACAUUUAAUAAUCAUUCAUUUAGUAAUUUUAAUAACUAUAAUAGAAUCAUUAGAGCUUUCAAUGAAAAUGAUAAUAAUAGUUUAAAAAGAUAUAACUAUUCUACAUUAAAUAAUAAUAAUAAUAAUUUUGAUAAUAACAAUAACAAUAAUAAUAAUAAUCACUCUACACAACAACAACAACAUUAUCCACCACAACAAACAUUAAAACAAAAAUAUAAACAAAGCACAUCGAAUGAUAUAACUGAUGGUUUUGAAGAGCUUUCAAGUAAACAUGUUUUUAGAAUAUUGGAAACAGAAUAUAAUAAUAAUCAAUGUGAAUUUUUAAUUGCAUAUUUAAAUGCAAUCAAGAAUUCAAAUCAAUCGAUUUUCUUGGAUAUCUAUGAGUGGGUGUCAAAGAGACAAGUGAAAUCAAUGACAGAGUACAACGUGCAGGCAACCAUCGAUACCUACUACCUGUUGGUAUCGAUGUACGGCCAGAUGGGACGAUUCGAAACCGCCAGUAUGAUUAUCCGGCGCGUUCCACACCAGCUCGGACACGUCGAUACGCUGUACGCUUCGAUCUUCAAGUCGUACAUCGAUCACGGACAAUGCGAUCGUGCCGUCAAAUACUUUUCAAAGCUGCUCAGUCGUGUCAGGGAUCUCGCCAAACCAGAGCCGUUGGGUGUGCUCGUGCACGGACUGCUCGUCAACAAUAUGGAUCGUGAGUUGGAUGUGCUGAUCGAGCGUCUCAAGGACACAAACCUCAUGGCACUUGGUACCUACAACGUCAUUCUCAAACAACUCAGUUUGCUGAGAAGCAAGGAAGCGUAUCUCGACGUGUAUUGCAAGAUGAUCGAAACGAUUCGUCCGUCGUUCCUGACAUUCAAAUCGCUGAUCAACGUCGCCAUUGCCAGCGAGGAUGUUCAGGGUUGCAAAAUCCUCGAGCAACAGAUCUUGGGUGAGCUGGCCGAGUUCAAAGUGGGACUGUUCAGAGACAUUGUUAAAUUCUAUUUCCAACAUCGCGACUUUGAGUCACUCGACGAUACGAUAGACUAUAUUUUCACUGCCGGUCACUCCGUACCGAAUGGAGUCAACCAUAUCUUUGUACACUUUGAAAUCGAGGAGAAUCAGGAACUCGUGGAAUAUCUGAUUGGCAAGAUGUCACAGUACAACACAGCGUUCCAAUCGAUCCAUAUCACCAAGAUCAUUCAGCUUCUGCUGGUGACCGGAAACUAUCAGAAAGCAUUGAAAUGGCUGGAACUCAGAGAAUCGCAUUUCGGUAUACAUCUGGAUAGUUUUGCUAUUCUGCCGUUCUACUAUUUCCACAAGUUGCGUGGGGAGUACGACCUGUGCAACUACUGGCGCGCCAAGGCCAACGAGAAAGGAAUCGACCUCGACGUUCCACAGAUGUUUGAAACCUACUUCCGUUUAAAUUUAAAUCGCGACGGUUCCUUUAUCGAUUGGAACAAACACACCGAGGGAGAAACAUUCGAGGAGAUCUACGAGCGUGUAAACAAACCUGAGCACCUCUAUCUCAAGAACCACAAGCAUUCGGUUCUCGACCGUCAAUUCGCCUCGAAAAUUCAAGAGAACUCUGAUGUUCCUCAUGUCAAUGUAUCGAUUGAAUCGAUUGCAUUCUAUAAAGAACCAAGAAAGCAUAACUCCAAUCAUUUUAAACAAACUGAAGAGUUUAUACUUCAAGAAACAACAGCAGCAGCAGCAGCAACAGCCAGUCAACAAAAUAAUAAAAGUGGAAAUAUCAACAACAACAACAACAACAGCAAUAAUAACAACAACAACAAUUCACUAUUUGAUAUUUCAAAUGUUGGAUCAGCAACUAAUUCAAGUGAGUUUAGUACAACAGAUAUUGGAACUCAGACACUGGUACAUGUUGACUUUGCCAGUAGAAUAACAUAUCUUUUGAAUGAGUCACAAAAGGAAGUUGCUCUGGCCGAGACAGACCAGCGUGAUGAUGGUGGACAAUUCGUUGGCGAGUUUGUCUAUGUCACUCUGAUAAACUACCUACUGAAAGAACAAGACGAACCCAACGUCAGAAAAUACUAUAAGCGCAUGUUGGACAAACAAUUCAAUCCACCUUCGAGUCUCACGCUAAAAGUUUUCAAAUUGAAUGAACAACUUGGAACUCUCGAUGAAUUUUUGGCAUCGUUCAGCAACGACUUGCGAAAGAGCUACAUUGAGGAGAAGUACAUGUCGUUCCUGUUGUCACAUGACUUUGCCAGGGGAUUGCGUCGACUCCAAGAGAGUGGUCGUGAGGAACUGUUGUUCUUCAACCAAGACUACAAGAACUCACUCACACUCGGCUACCUAAAGAACGGUAGCAUCACAAUGGCAGAGGCAACCAUCCAAACGAUCAUUCGAAGCAAAUACAAUUUACAGCCUAUGGUUAUUAGCGAAUAUAUCAACGAAGCAAACAAAUCUUUGGAUCAAACAACCUCACUACAACCAAUCAAUCCAACCACACCAAUUUCAAUCAAUCACUAUUUACAAUCUCGUUUCAUAACUCCUCCACCAGAAUUAGAUGCCUUGAUAAAGAAAUUAAAAAUACAAUAA